ACGGCAACAUAAAUCGUCUGUUCUACAGUCCUUUUCUUUCUUAAGAAACUGGUAGCUCCACCGCCAACUAAGAACUGUAAUUCAAGACAGCUUUAGGGAAUUUUUGGGUGGAUAGCAGGUAUACGAUAGAAACAGGUUUUGUGUUUAGCAGUAUUAUAGCAGAGACGAUGAAAGAUAACCAUCAGCCAGUCGAACUGGAGGCGGUGGGGCGGGUUGGUUGAAUAGGUGUGGCAGGUGUUCUGUACCUCACUGGGCGCGUGGAAAUUUCCUCGCUUCCUCCUCGGACGCGAAAAGGGAAAGUAAAAAAAAAUCUCUCUCUCUCUCUCCUUAAGUAUGAGAUGUUUGCAUCAACUGUCGAUUCAUUCCUUCUUAGAUUUAUAUUUUGACGGGGUUUAGAAAGAGUUUGUUACGACCAUAGAGGUUGAGGCGAGAACUUUUCUUUCUCCACGGCGAAAUCGUACAGUUACUGAUUAGUCAUUUUGGGCUAUAUUUGUCAGAAAUUGUGUCAUUUGGAUGUUCGGGUAAUAGAACACCCACGAAUGAGAGUUCUUCGUUUCAUCCAAACAAUGAUGCCUUUACCCUGUAUUCCUUUCUUAUCUCAAAAACUAGAUAACAACACUCCAAAGGCCUAGUUUGUGAGGGGGGGGGGAGAUAAAUAUUCGUUAUCUGUUAUAAAUUCGCUUUCUUGUUCGUGAAACCUUUUGUCUUAUUACUUCCAGCUCGCCCUCAGAUUUCUAGAUAGAAGCUACAGAUAUUCUGAUUUGGACCAUCCGAGGCAUCAAGGACAUCGAGAAACAUUUAGGGAAUAAUAAAAAGUCGAAUAGUCUCUCGUUGUCGGAGAAACUUAGGGAACAGUGCAUGCUGGGAGAUUGGGGAAGAGACGCGGGGAUGGGGGUGUUGGGGGAUUCUCCACAGCUGCAUCUGAAGGAAGGGUAUAAAACGAUUGUUGGAGGCGAAGUGAAACCACAGUCCACCGACGGCCGCCUGCCUCUCUCGCGCUCCCCGCCAACCCGACCCCAUUCCUCCUCCCUUUCUACCCUACGGACAUAGCCACCCCUCGCCCUUAGAGCAAUCUGUUACUACUUCAGUUCCUUCCCUCUUUGAGUGUUGAAUUUUUGUUUUCCGCUGUCUGUGCCUGUCCCAGAAACUUACCCUGAACUACUCCACCCAGUGUUAUCCCUGUGAAUCCGCUGUGAUAUCGAAAGAGGUCGGUGAGACACUUCUGACACACCUGUUAGUACACCGCUCGCCCACGUCAUUGCAUCCCCCGUGGCCUUUAGGAUUAUUUACCAUACGAGCGCUACAGGGUGUGGACGAGUUUACACUAUAUAUUAAUUUUUUGUAAGACAUGCGAAGGAUACCGUGUGAUGUAAUCGAAGGACAUCGAGUUUGUUGAUAGCGCUACCGAAAAACACUUGGUUACGAGAAGUGGUUAUAAUUCUUCCAAAAAGUGGCAUUAACUAGUGGCCUUAAGUCAAGCUAAACCAAAGUGCCUUUAGUACUGUUAUGUACAGCAGGUGACCACAGAACAAUAUUCCAAAAUGAUCUUCGCUUUUCGUAACUGCAAACGUCUUUAUUUUAGGUAUAGUAGAAGACUGAACAGCUUCAUUUAUGAGGCUUCCAAGAAUGCUGCUGAAGUGAACAAGAAGAACCUUGAAUUCCAAGUUCGAUCCCUCGGCGUUGCCCAUGGCAAACUUAACAACCUUAAGCCAAAGGUGCGAUCCUUUGUGGAGGAGAGUGCCCGACUCUGUCAGCCUGCCAACGUCCACAUCUGCGAUGGCUCUGACCGCGAGUUUCGUCACCUGUUGAACGUGAUGCAGCAGGCUGGGAUGAUUGAGCCUCUGCCUAAGUACACUAACUGCUGGCUGGCUCGUACUGACCCAGGCGACGUGGCCCGUGUCGAAAGUAAAACUUUCAUCGUGACGAAGGACCGCCGUGAAACCAUUCCCUCCCCCAAGGAGGGUGUCAAGGGCCUCUUAGGAAACUGGAUGUCCCCUGAUGACCUGAAGCAGGCCGUCCAGGAACGUUUUCCAGGAUGCAUGGCUGGCAGAACCAUGUAUGUGAUUCCCUAUUCCAUGGGUCCAGUAGGUUCUCCUCUGUCAAAGAUUGGUGUUGAAUUGACUGAUUCCCCUUACGUCGUUGCUUCAAUGCGCACUAUGACCCGAAUGGGAUCCGUUGUACUGGAUACCCUUGGAGAAGAGGACUUUGUCAAGUGCCUUCAUUCUGUAGGAUGCCCACUUCCACUCAAGAGGGAGUUAGUCAACCAAUGGCCUUGUGAUCCAGAACGCACCAUUGUGACCCAUGUGCCUGAUACAAAUGAGAUUAUUUCAUUUGGAUCGGGCUAUGGUGGAAAUUCUCUCUUGGGUAAAAAAUGUUUCGCCCUUCGAAUUGGUUCAACUAUUGCCAGACGUGAAGGAUGGCUGGCAGAGCACAUGCUUAUCCUUGGAAUAACAAAUCCCCAAGGAGUUAAGAGAUAUAUUGCCGCUGCAUUCCCAUCUGCCUGUGGCAAAACUAACUUGGCAAUGAUGACUCCGUCUCUGCCUGGAUACAAAGUGGAGUGUGUUGGCGAUGACAUUGCGUGGAUGAAAUUCGAUGACGAUGGAAUUCUCCGAGCCAUCAACCCUGAAAAUGGUUUCUUUGGAGUAGCCCCUGGUACCUCGAUGCAAACUAAUCCUGUUGCCAUGAAGACAAUUCUUUCCAAUACACUCUUCACAAAUGUAGCCAAGACCAGUGAUGGAGGCGUAUUCUGGGAGGGCCUAGAAAAAGAAAUUGCUAAUAAUGUCACCAUUACAUCUUGGCUGGGAGACACCAACUGGACUAAGGAGUCAGGCAAACCUGCAGCGCAUCCCAACUCGAGAUUUUGCACUCCCGCUGCUCAGUGCCCCAUCAUUGACCCUGCGUGGGAAGAUCCUAAGGGAGUGCCCAUUUCAGCCAUCCUCUUCGGUGGCAGGAGACCACAAGGAGUACCUCUUGUUUAUGAGGCAUUUGACUGGAAACAUGGAGUACUCAUUGGUGGAGCCAUGAGGUCGGAGGCCACUGCUGCAGCAGAGCACAAGGGCAAGGUGAUCAUGCACGAUCCAUUUGCUAUGAGGCCAUUCUUCGGUUACAACUUCGGUCACUAUUUGCAGCACUGGUUAAGCAUGGAGAACAGAACUGACAAGCCCCUUCCCAAAAUAUUCCACGUCAAUUGGUUCAGAAAGGACGAAAAAGGCCGUUUCAUCUGGCCCGGAUUUGGUGAGAAUGCCCGCGUCUUGGACUGGGUUUUGAGGCGCAUUGACGGCGAAGAUAUCGCCGAAGAGAGCGCGGUGGGACUUAUUCCGAAACCAAAUACCAUUAAAAUGGAAGGUCUGGAAGACCAGAACAUUGACAUGGAUGAACUCUUUAGCCUCCCAAAGGACUUCUGGCAGCAAGAGGUUCGUGAUAUAGCUAAGUAUUUCAGUGAACAACUGGAAGAAGACUUGCCCAACGAAGUGAGGGAAGAGCUGAAGAGGCUGGACAAGCGCGUCGAGAAGCUUUAGAGUAGCUAGCUAUCGCUGAGAAAGGUUUUGAAUCAUCGGGAAGCGCUGUUUUUGCAAUGACAACACCAUCAGUGUGAGCUCGGAUUACAUCACUUGCAUAGCAACACUGCGCCGCAUAAAUGAAUUUUGCUCAUUUUUUUCUCCAAAGGGAAAUCGUUAUGAAUACCCACAGAAAUCCCAAGUGUCUAAGUCGUCAUCUCUUAACGGAAAAUUGUUCACAUUAGCCAUGAUGAUGAUGAUGGUAUUAAAUUGUUCUCGGUUUCCGAAGGGAAAUUGUCAAAGAAUUGCUUCCAACCUUUGCUACAAAUUUGUCAUUCAUAUCAGUCAGUCAUCGUGUCCCCCAUUCAUAAAGCAAAAUACGCAUGAAUAACCUCCCUCCCUUUAACAUAAUCAUAAAGCAAUGCAAUAUUUUGUGAUACGUAAUUUUAGUAGCAUAAACACUGUUGUUCCUUCUAAGUUCACCCCCUCAGCUGAGCUGAGUUUUUAUGUUGCGUGGGUUGUACUACGCUCUUUUUUUAAUGUUUAUUUUGUAUAUAUCUAUCUGCUGAUUAUGGGAGAAUGUUGAUCUAAGUAACAAGAUAUCAAUAUUAUUUUUAUAUACGAUCA